GUAGUCCGAGUCAACUUCCGGCUGGUGCGGUGUCCGGCCUGCUAGGCUGGCGCGGCUGACGGGACUCCGUGGAGAUGGCUUGCGCGGCCGCGCGGUCCCCGGCCGACCAGGACAGGUUUAUUUGUAUCUACCCCGCUUAUUUAAAUAAUAAGAAGACCAUAGCUGAGGGGAGACGGAUCCCUAUAAGUAAGGCUGUAGAAAACCCUACAGCUACUGAGAUUCAAGAUGUAUGCUCAGCAGUUGGACUGAAUGCCUUUCUGGAGAAAAACAAAAUGUACUCCAGAGAAUGGAACCGUGAUGUUCAGUUUCGAGGCAGAGUCCGGGUACAGCUCAAACAGGAAGAUGGCAGCCUCUGUCUUGUACAGUUCCCGUCACGUAAGUCAGUGAUGCUAUAUGUAGCAGAAAUGAUACCCAAGCUAAAAACACGGACACAGAAAUCAGGAGGUGCCGACCCAAGUCUUCAGCAAGGAGAGGGGAGUAAAAAAGGGAAAGGAAAGAAGAAGAAAUGACGUGGUGUGAACGUGGAGCACAGUCCUGCUGGGAGAGACAUGGCAUCCUUGUGUCUGAGAGAACAGCUUUUUGUUUGUCAUUUAACUGAGCUGUGAACAAGUUGUCUCCAUCUUCAUCAACAGUUAACAAUGAAAUAAGUUUACAUCAGAAGUUUGCAUCCAGCUUUUAUAACUGUAAGAAGGAAAAAAUGUGUGUGUGGAAGAAAGAAGAAUAUUUUAACAGAUAAUGACUGUCCCAUGAGUUACUUGAAAUACUAUAUCUGUUUGUCCUCUAUGUAAACAUAUAUUUCAGGUUUAUAAGUUUAAUAAAAUUUGAAAUACACAUUUUGUUCAUCUUUAAGUUAAUGAAAUAAAAGAUUGAAACUGA